CAAGGUAUAAAUAUGUAUUACACCCCACACCUUUCAUCACCAUCCACCGCUCCAAGGUAUCUCGUAUCUACAUCACCCUACUAGCUCCAUUGCUUCCUGUCCGUCAGCGGAGCUCUGUCUCUCGGUCCUCCCAUUAUCCUCGAACGUCUCGAACGCAAUACUCGCACGCCACAUACCCUCACUCUCUGGCUCUCUCCUUGAAAAACAACGGAUUGCAACACUGAUCGAGAGAGCUUUGAUACCAUGGCAGCCAAACCCCCGCCCCCAGUUAGUAGGACCGCGGUAAACGCCAACUUGAUGAUAGUACUUCGUCCAAAAAGCGACCUCGACGAGCGCUACAUCCUUCUCAUAGAGUCACCCCAAGCUCGCGCACGCAAUGAACUGUACCUUGAGUUCCCAAAAGGAGCAUUCGACGCUUCAGGGUAUUUUACUGGUCCUAUGAUGGACGAUUUGCGACAGGAAACCAAUUUCAAGCUAUCCAAAGACCAUCUUAUCAACCUCACGGCCGUGGUACAGAAGACGCAACCUUCCACCUGCGAACCUGGUUCGCACAUAGAGCCAGCCGUACGCUCAAUCCGCGCGAACCCAAACACGACAGUACUUCUCUGGGAAAAGUACAUGGAUAGAAAAGAGAUUGAAGCUUUCAAAGGCAGGUUCGCCGGCCGAAGGGCGCCUAACGAGGCCAGCAAUAUACGGAUGCUCGAAUAUGAAGACUUCUGUGAAAGAAGUACUAGGACGAUGGAGCUGGAGCACGGCCGGUCAAUUUACGAGUGUUUGGUUAUUUGUGGUAUUCUUGAGCAAUAUCUGCGCGAAAAGAGGAUUGGAAAAUGAGGGCACUGGAUAGGAUAUCAGGUCGAUGGCGUAGAUGAUAAUGUUGUGCAUGUCGACUGAUCCUUGAAGCGUGGUGUAGAGAGUUCGCUGAAGCGAAGUAUGGUCAUCGAGCUAGUAUUUGCUCGAGUCUGUCAUGAUGUUUUACCUUGUCGUAAAUGUCAGGUUGUAGGCGCCCGGGUGAUGUCAUCUCAAGGUAACGAGCUAAAUGCGCCGCAGCGCUUGGAAACUUUCCGCGGUAACGAAACCGCGCGGCUCCACUCGAUUGGCACAACCCGUGAAUCCCAAGUGCCUUUUUCAGCUUCCAAUCCUACAUUAGCAGUGCAGCAGCUUAUAUGUGUUAC